AUGUCCACACCCACACCAACACCAUCAACACCAGUCUGGUUAAUAACCGGCUGCACCUCCGGCUUCGGCCGCUCCAUUGCCUUCGAGUCCCUCAGCCGCGGGCACAAAGUAAUCGCAACAGCACGGAACUCCUCCCGACUCGUUGAACUCAAGGCCGCCGGGGCCGCGGUCAUGGAUCUCGACGUCACCAGCGACGACGAGACGCUAGCCCAAAAAAUGGCGGAGGCGAAUGAGGUGUACGGAAGGAUUACCCAUGUGGUUAAUUGUGCUGGGUAUAUUUUGGAAGGAGGGGUGGAGGAGGCCAGCAACAAGGAAGUCUUCGACCACUACAACACCAAUGUGCUCGGAACCUUCAACGUCGCUCGGGCAGUUACCAAAUAUCUCAGAGCUGCGGCGGCGGCUGUUCCGGGUGGUCAACAAGUGGCGCUGGCCAAUUUUGGGAGUCUGGGGAGUUGGUGGUCGGGUGCUGGGGUUGCGCAUUAUUGCAGCACCAAAUUCGCCGUGAGUGGUCUAACCGAGGGUCUUGCAGAAGAGCUGAAGCCCUUCGGCAUAGACGUGUGCGUUAUAGAGCCUGGAUAUACUCAGACGGGGUUCCUGGCGCGUGGCGCUGGCGGGGACGGAGGAGGAGGAGGAGGAGACCACCGAGUUGUGACAGAAAGAAAGAUUGCGGCCUAUGAAGGUACAGCGGUGGCGGCGGUGCAUGAUGCUCUGGAAGCGUAUAACGGGAAACAGCCUGGGGAUGUUGACAAGUCUGCCAAGGUCAUCGUGGAUGUGCUGACCAAGGAUGGUGUGGCGAAAGGCAGGGAGGUUCCUGUUAGAUUGGCGUUGGGGACGGAUACUCUGGAGGUUAUUAGGAAGAAGUGCGAGGAGACGUUGCGGUUGAUUGGCGAAUGGGAGGAAAUCUCGAGGUCGACGAUGAGGGAUGAGAACUGA